UCUCUCUCCCCUCCCCUCCCUCCCUCCCCCGGAGGUCUGUUGUUGUUCCGCCCGACUUGAAGCUAACAGCUAACAGCUAACGACCCAGACGACGCAGACGACGCAGAAGAAGCAGCUAACACAGUCCGAGGAGAUGUCGUCAGAUUGACGACCCGGGGGCGACUCCACCAACAUCUCGCCCGCUUCUCUUGUGCUACUUGUCCCGGGUUCAGCCUGUGACGAACCGGGCGACCGCGGAGGACGAGCCAGUGGAGAAUGUCCCCGUGUUGUUCAUGUUAGCGCCGCUAGCCGGGCUCCGGCUGCUAGCCUCCGGUCCCUUGUAGCAGGUUAGCUUCGGGAGCUAGCUUCUCUUUAUGCGACCCAGUUAGCCGCUGGUGGUUGUAGUUAGCUCGCCUGUGCACAUCGUAACAUCCAGCCGUGUGUCGGUCAUGUGUCGCCGCGUCACAUCACCGAGCUCGUCCCCGCAGCGACAUGUUGUUUAAACAGUGCAGCGCUCUUAUGGCUAACGGAGCUAGCUGUUAGCCGUUAGCUUUAGCACGGGGGGUCAGAUGUCUUUGUUUCCAUCGGCAGCUGUUAGCUCCGUUAGCUCCAUUAGCUCCGGGGGUCUGUAGUCGAGUCGCGUUCACAUUACGGACUUUUCACUCGACCGUGUGACGGACAUGCGACCGUGAGUUGUCCGACCGUCAGCAGGAAGCCCGGCGGCAGGUGGACGAAGCGUCGCGGGCACCAUGGCCCUCGGCUGCGGACUGAGCCGCUCGGCGUGGGCCGGUUACCUGCUCGUGCUGUCAGGAUGCAUUGCUGCCUCUCAGAGGAGCGACAACGUCUAUGUGUCAGGAAUUUCUAACGCCUGCAGCGACGUGGCGGAGCUCCUGCGGGCAUCCAGCGGUAUCAUCACCAGCCCCGGUUGGCCCUUCCAGUAUCCGGCCAGACUGAACUGCAGCUGGAACAUCCGCGCCCGACCCGGCGACACCGUCACCAUCAGCUUCCAGGACUUCGACCUGCAGGGUUCCCACCGCUGCUCGUCGGACUGGAUGUCCAUCAGCAGCUACAGGAGCCUGGACGGUCUGAGGGUCUGCGGUUCCUCGCUGCCGCCGCCCUACAUGUCCUCCCAGGACCACGUCUGGAUCCACUUCCACUCCGACGACAGUCUGACAGGAAAAGGCUUCAGGCUGUCCUACAUCACGGGUAAACCGGAGGCAUCCAGCUGCGACGUGGACCAGUUCCACUGCUCCAACGGGAAAUGCAUUCCCGACUGGUGGCGCUGCAACUCCAUGGACGAGUGCGGUGACAACUCGGACGAAGAGCUUUGCAUGGACUCGCCCUUCUCCUUCCAGCCCUGCAGCAUGAACCAGUUCCCCUGCCUUUCCCGCUACACCCGCAUCUACACCUGCCUGCCCCACAGCCUGCGCUGCGACGGCAGCAUCGACUGCCAGGAUCUCGGUGAUGAGAUCGACUGUGACGUUCCCACCUGUGGAGAGUGGUUGAGGAACUUCUACGGCUCCUUCAGCUCUCCAAACUACCCUGACUUCUACCCUCCUGGUAGUAACUGCACCUGGCUGAUUGACACCGGAGACCACCGCAAGGUCAUCUUGAGGUUCACCGACUUCAAACUCGACGGGACGGGUUACGGCGACUACGUGAAGGUCUAUGACGGACUGGAGGAGGACCCUCGCCGCCUCCUCAGGGUGUUGACCGCCUUCGACUCCAGAGCGCCGGUGGCCGUGGUGUCGUCGUCCGGUCAGCUCCGGAUUCACUUCUACGCCGACAAGAUCAACGCCGCCCGAGGAUUCAACGUCACCUAUCAGGUGGACGGGUUCUGCCUGCCCUGGGAGGUUCCCUGCGGGGGUAACUGGGGCUGUUACACGGAGCAGCAGCGUUGCGACGGGUACUGGCACUGUCCCAACGGUCGGGACGAGCUGAACUGUUCCUCGUGCCAGGAGGAUGAGUUCCCCUGUUCCAGAAACGGCGCGUGUUACCCUCGAUCAGACCGCUGCAACUACCAGAACCGCUGCCCCAACGGCUCCGACGAAAAGAACUGCUUCUUCUGUCAGCCCGGGAACUUCCACUGCAAGAACAACCGCUGCGUGUUUGAGUCGUGGGUCUGCGACGCGCAGGAUGACUGUGGCGACGGCAGCGACGAGGAGAGUUGUCCCGUCAUCGUCCCCACCAGAGUCAUCACCGCCGCCGUCAUCGGCAGCCUCAUUUGCGGCCUCCUGCUGGUCAUCGCGCUCGGCUGUACCUGCAAACUCUACUCGCUGCGCAUGUUCGAGCGCAGGUCUUUUGAGACGCAGCUGUCCAGAGUCGAGGCGGAGCUGCUGAGGAGGGAAGCCCCGCCCUCUUAUGGUCAGCUGAUCGCCCAGGGACUGAUCCCACCCGUGGAGGAUUUCCCAGUGUGCUCUGGGAGCCAGGCAUCCGUCCUUGAAAACCUCCGUCUCGCUGUCCGCUCGCAGCUCGGUUUCACCUCCCUCAGACUCCCGUCUUCCAGUCGUCAUAGCAACCUGUGGCGCCGGCUCUUCACCUUCUCCAGGUCACGGCGGUCGGGUUCUUUGGCUCUGGUGUCCGCCGACCUGGAGGACAGCGCCGGAUCCGGCCGCACUGGUUCGGACCUUCUGUCUCCGGACUCGGACGACACUGAUACGGAGGGCGAGCGAGGGAGGGAGAGAGGCGUGGGCGCGGUGGCCGGGCCUGUCGCCCCCCUCCCACAGAAGACCCCGCCCUCCACCGCCGUCGAGGCCGUGUUGUCCGUGACCACGUCUGCGUCCCCCAUGACCCCAAUACCGGGCAGAGAUAGAUGCCGUGACCGGCCCAGAGAGGCUCCGCCCCCGUCCAGCCCCAUCACCCUGACAACCUCCAAUCCAGAUCCAGAAUGUCAGACUGACGCCUCAGAUCUCCAGGCCCCGCCCACCUCUGCUCUGCAGCGCCUGGCCCAGAACCUGCAUCGUCUCGCUAGGAACCUGACUAGAACCAGUCAGAACCAGACCUGGACCAAUCACAGCCCACUCCGUCAGCUGGAGACAGGACGGCGUGGGCCCGAAGCUGCCGAACGACGAGCGAGCAGAGACGAGGAAGAAGACGUGGAGCUUCUCAUCCCCGUCUCUGACUCUGACUCCUCCUCCUCAUCAUCAUUGGUCAGUGAUGUCCAACAACCGCUACUGGAGCCACACCCCUCCUCCAGUACAGGCCAUGGCCCCCGUCACCACCGAGGGCGGGACGGCCCCUGUGAACACUGCGGGAUGGUACACACCGCUCAGAUCCCCGAAGCCUGUAUGGAGGCCACGGGCAAGAUGGAGAGCAGCGACGACGAGCUGCUGCUGCUCUGCUAACAGGCUAACCUGCAGCGGCUAACAUGCUAACUGAUGCAUUGAUACAACGAAAUCCUACUCUGACCAAACAACGAAAGUUAGCUUACAUGCUAACUGACACGACUACUGCUAAUACAACCUUGUCCUAACACCUACAGGUAGCUAACAUGCAAAUGACUGGCUUAUGGAGAAACUACCCUGACCCAAUAUAUUAUAAGUAAGCUUACAUGCUCGCAAUCAUGGUACCGUGAUGUUACACAUUUUAGCAUCAUUCAACACUUCAGACUGAACACCGACUGGCUAACAUGCUAACACUCUAGACUGAACGACAGCUAGCUGACAUGCUAACACUAUAGACUGAAUGACUAUUAGCUAUCACCGUAACACGUCAGACUGAACGACACUAGCCAACAUCCUAACACAACAACUAGCCAUAAUCUAUAACCCCAGUUAGCAUGUGUUAGCGUGUUAGUCGGACUAAAGGUUAGCGCUCAGCAGGUUUUGGCCUCCAGUGAUUUAGAAGAUUACCAACCAAUCAGAGACUGAGGGAAGUGAUGUCACUGAUUGGAUGGAUCCUGAUGUCGAACUCUCCCCCAACUUCGUUCUCCUGGUCCGUCCGUUAAAACGUCCCAGUCCACCCUCCCCCAUCACAGGGAACGUCCCCCACGUAGGUACGAAUUUCUCAACACUGACUUACUGGUACGACUGACAGAACAAACUCAUGAGACGCAGGAAGCUCGUAUAGAAACCAUGACAUUGAUCCGAGGCAGCGAUCCGAUACCGAUUUUAUUGAUCGUCGAUCAGUAUCUCCGUGCUCGCCGGUCACGUGACCCCCGUCCCUGCCGCUCGUCUCGCUGUGGAUCCGUUUCCUGUGUGUUUCCCUCUCCCACCCUCCGCCGUCCGGUGUUCUGCCUGGUUCUCUGACCGGUUCUAAAGGGAACCACGUCAGUUCCUCACAGAUGGAAGGUUCCGGAGACGUUUGAUUCUAAAAGUCUUAAAAAAAUUAUUGAUCCAGUGAAAAUGUUCUAGAUUGUGUCGAUCGUACGAUGAUGGAGAACGUUAGGUUGAAAAAUGCAUUUGAAAAAGGUCAAAGGUCACGAAUAGUGUUUACAUUUAUUACUCACCAUAAGGACCAGUUUUUCAGAUGACUGCUUCGUCACCAUGACGACUCUGAGCCCCUCCCCCUCUCCUCCCCUCCCUCAGACUGAAGCCAUGCAAACUGACCCGUCUGUAUUUAUGAUCUUUGUUACAGUUUUUGGUACUCAGAUCUCAGCUGACCUUGUGUGAGUGUGUAUAUUUAUUAUUAUUAUUAUUAUUAUUAUUAUUAAUAAUAUGACUGUGUUGUUGUCGUUAUUAUUGUGUUAAUUUGCUGUUGAGUAGCUGUUUUUUUCUGACCUGCAUGAUCCAAGUGGUUUGGUGUUGGUUUUUCCUUUUGAGCCUGUAAAGAAAAUAAAAACUGUUAAACUGCACUAAAGAUUAAAGGUUCACAUUUAAGUCA